CAGACAGGAGCCUGUGGGGUCUCCACAGUGAUCAUCAGGAUGUCGUAUUUUGGAGAGCACUUUUGGGGCGAGAAAAACCAUGGCUUUGAGGUUCUUUACCACAGUGUGAAGCAGGGGCCCAUCUCCACCAAAGAGCUGGCGGACUUCAUCCGGGAGAGGGCCACCAUUGAAGAGACCUACUCAAAGGCAAUGGCAAAACUCUCCAAGCUGGCCAGCAAUGGGACCCCCGUGGGGACCUUUGCCCCACUCUGGGAGGUUUUUCGUGUGUCCUCGGACAAGCUGGCGCUCUGCCACCUGGAGCUGACCCGGAAGCUGCAGGACCUCAUCAAGGAUGUGCUGCGGUACGGCGAGGAACAGCUCAAGACAUACAAGAAGUGCAAAGAGGAAGUGGUCGGCACCUUGGAUGCGGUGCAGGUCCUCGCAGGUGUCAACCAGCUGCUGCCCAAAUCUCGUGACAACUACCUGAACCGCUGCAUGGACCAGGAGCGCCUGCGCAGAGAGAGCACUAGUCAGAAGGAGAUGGAUAAGGCAGAGACCAAGACCAAGAAGGCAGCAGAGAGCCUGAGGCGCUCGGUGGAGAAGUACAAUUCAGCUCGGGCGGAUUUCGAGCAGAAGAUGCUGGAUUCAGCUCUGCGCUUCCAAGCCAUGGAAGAGACCCAUUUGAGGCAUAUGAAGGCACUGCUGGGCUCCUAUGCCCACUCAGUGGAGGAUACCCAUGUGCAGAUUGGGCAGGUCCACGAGGAGUUUAAGCAGAACAUAGAGAAUGUCAGUGUGGAGAUGCUGCUCAGAAAGUUUGCAGAAAGCAAAGGCACGGGCCGGGAGAAGCCAGGACCCUUGGACUUCGAGACGUACAGUGCAGCUGCCUUGCAGGAAGCAAUGAAACGUUUGAGGGGAACCAAGGCCUUUCGCCUUCCAGGACUGAGCCGGAGGGAGCGGGAGCCUUGUGCAGCCAUAGACUCUGGGGAGCCCGAUUCAGGGACGUGUCCAGAGGUGGAUGAAGAAGGCUUCACCGUGCGACCAGAUGUGACCACAAACAGCACAGCUGAGCCCUCCCGCUUUUCAUCCAGUGACUCUGAUUUCGAUGAUGACGAGCCCCGAAAGUUCUAUGUGCACAUCAAGCCUGCCCCGGCCCGAACCCUGGUCUGCAGCCCCGAGGCAGCUGCGGCACAACUCAGGGCGACCGCGGGCAGCCUCAUCCUGCCUCCUGGCCCAGGGGGCACCAUGAAACGCCAUUCUUCACGGGAUGCUACUGGGAAACCACAGAGACCUCGAUCUGCCCCAAGGACUAGCAGCUGUGCAGAAAAGCCGCUGUCAGAAGAGCAGUUUUCCAAGAACCUCUUUGGGCCACCCCUUGAGUCAGCCUUUGACCACGAAGAUUUUACAGGGUCCAGCAGCCUGGGCUUCACCUCAAGCCCCUCCCCCUUCUCCUCCUCAUCACCUGAGAACGUGGAGGACUCCGGCCUCGACUCCCCUUCCCAUGUGGCGCCUGGUCCCUCCCCAGACUCGUGGAUACCCCGCCCGGGUACCCCGCAGAGCCCACCAAACCGGAGGGUGCUGCCUCCCGAGUGUAGGGGGGUGCGGGCCCUGCCACGGCCUGAUUCACCACAACCCCUCGCAGCAUCCCCGGGUCCCUGGGGGCUGGAUGCCGUGGCUGGAGGAGACCUGAUGUCUACUCCUGCCAACCUCACAAUCCGGGAGGGUCUGGCAGCUCCACCCCAGAGGCCCCGUUCCAGGAAGGUAUCCUGUCCUGUCACCCGCAGCAACGGAGACCUGUCUCGUUCUUUGAGCCCUUCCCCACUGGGCAGUGCCCCAGAACGGCCCAGCUUUUCAACCCAGACAGGACAUGGAUACUCCAGGGGCCCAAGCCCUGUGGUUCUGGGCUCCCAGGAUGCCCUGCCCGUGGCCAUAGCCUUCACAGAGUAUGUCCAUGCCUACUUCCGUGGCCACAGCCCCAGCUGUCUGGCGCGAGUAGCUGGGGAGCUGACCAUGACCUUCCCUGCUGGCAUUGUGCGAGUGUUCAGCGGGACUCCGCCCCCGCCCGUCCUCAGCUUCCGCCUCGUGCACACAGCCCCCAUUGAGCACUUCCAGCCCAACUCAGACCUGCUCUUCAGUGACCCCUCCCAGAGCGACCCUGAAGCCAAAGACUUCUGGCUUAAUAUGGCAGCUCUGACAGAGGCCUUGCAGCGCCAGGCUGAGCAGAACCCAGCCGCAUCCUACUAUAACGUCAUGCUGCUACGCUAUCAGUUCUCCCGCCCUGGAGCCCAAUCGGUGCCACUUCAGCUGAACGCCCACUGGCAGUGCAGCUCGACCCUCACCCAGGUCUCAGUGGAGUACAGCUACCGGCCUGGUGCCACAGCCGUGCCCACACCGCUCACCAACGUCCAGAUCCUGCUACCUGUGGGGGAGCCCGUGGCCAACGUCCACCCACAGCCUGCCGCCACUUGGAACUUGGAGGAGAAUCGACUCCUGUGGAGACUUCCAGAUGUGUCUGAGGCAGGGGGCUCCGGCCGCCUGUCCGCCAGCUGGGAGCCACGCUCAGGGCCCAGCACACCUAGCCCCGUGGCCGCGCAGUUCACCAGUGAGGGAACCACCCUGUCAGGUGUGGACCUGGAACUUGUGGGCAGUGGCUACCGCAUGUCACUGGUGAAGAGGAGAUUUGCUACAGGAAUGUACCUGGUGAGCUGCUGA